AUGAUCAGUGGUGUGUUUGUGUACAACAACAAGGGCGACUGCAUCAUCUCCCGCAUCUACCGCGAUGACAUCACCCGUUCUGUGGUGGAUGCAUUCCGCGUCCAUGUGAUUCACUCUCGACAUGAGAUUCGCUCGCCAGUCACCAACAUUGGCCGUACGUCGUACUUCCACAUGAAGCGGGAGAACCUGUGGCUUGUCACCGUGACGCGCUUGAACGCCAACGCCGCAAUGGUGUUUGAGUACAUGGCAAAGUUCAUUGAGCUCACAUCCUCCUACUUUGGCCAGUUCAACGAGCUCAACGUGAAGAACAACUUCUCCCUCAUCUACGAACUCCUUGAUGAGGUGAUUGACUACGGGUAUCCCCAGAGCACAGACCCGAACGUGCUCAAGCUUCUCAUCACACAGGAGGGCUUCAACGCCGCAGAGAAGCCGAUGGAGGAGCAGGCGAAGAUCACGUCGCAGGUGACGGGCCAGAUUGGCUGGCGGCGAGAGGCCAUCAAGUACCGCAAGCACGAGCUCUUCAUCGAUGUCCUCGAGUCUGUCAGUCUCCUCAUGGGGCCCCUCGGCCCGUUGAACGCGUACGUGAACGGGUCUGUGCGCGUCAAGUGCUACCUGUCUGGCAUGCCCGACUGCAAGUUUGGGAUCAACGACAAGAUUGUGAUGAAGGACGCUCGCCCGCCGAACCCGCUGGAGGCGGCGGGAAAGAAGAAGAAGAAGAAGCAGCAGCAGCAGCGGGCAGCGCCAAUUGCCAUUGACGACCUCACGUUCCACCAGUGCGUGCGACUGGGCAAGUUUGACACAGACCGGUCCAUCUCGUUCAUCCCGCCCGAUGGCGAGUUUGAGCUGAUGAAGUACCGCACGACACAAAACAUCAAGCUGCCCUUCAAGAUCACCCCACUUGUGCACGAGAGCGGCAACAAGGUGUCCAUCAACGUCACCCUCAAGGCCGAGUUUGACCCCGCACUGCUUGGUCAGCGGAUUGAGGUGCGCGUUCCCGUGCCCAGCAUCACCUCCAAGGUGCACGCACGCUCCGACAAGGGCAAGGCAAAGUACAAGCCGGGCGAAAACGCAAUCGUCUGGAAGAUCAAGCGCAUCAAUGGCGGGCGCAGCGCACAGCUUAACGCCGAGCUCGAUCUCCUCCAGUCCACAAAGAAAUGGACACGCACCCCAAUCUCUGUCAACUUUGAGGUUCCGUUUGCGUGCUCUGGAUUGGAGGUCAAGUAUCUCAAGAUCCUGGAACGGAAGCUGGGGUAUGACGAUGGCUCUGUGCUGAAAUGGGUGCGGUACAUCUCCAAGAGCGGCUCGUACGAGAUUCGCUACUGA